AUGGCUGUACCGAAGGUGGCCCCGUUCUACGGAAAUGCCCCCUUCAUACUAGAAGCCGGCGACCUUACUUCAGCUAUCGCUUCAGGGCUCCUUCGACCGAACGUCUUCGUUCAGCAAACCGACCGAAAUCUAGAAAACUACGGCGUCGCCUACAGUCGCAAGGACAAUAUCGGUAUUGAGACUCAUGGUUCUCAAAAGGCCAUUCAAACUCGCUGUAAGGAAUUUGCUAAGUCUCGCGGAUUCCAGCUGAAGGUUGCGGGAUUCAGUAGUAAACACGGCGGUGGUAAUGCAAAGUACGUCUGCAAGAAAUUGAACGGCCAGCAGUUCUUCGACAUGGAAGCUGACCAAGGCGCCAUCAGUUGUCCCUUUUUCUUCAACGUCAGUGGAGUUGCCGGUGAAUGGAAGGGACCAUCGCUCGUCCUGACAAAACCUGCGGAAUACAACACAGCAGGUCGACGAGAUGAUCCGCCUGGUCCGAUCCGAAAUGCUGAACAAGUAUGA